GUUACACGUCAGAAUGGAACCUGUACUGGUGAGUGGACGUGUACUGUGACCUCAACAAUUCCUGCGUAUCAGCUGACCCCGGAUACAAGACGACAUGGAACGUGUAGUGGAGCUGUCAAGCAACGGCGGUUUCUCCAUCGCCGGACUUUCGACGACGCCCCGGAAGCGACAGGUGCGCUUCUCGGCGCGGCACGACAUCCUGCUGCUGCGAGAGGUGAUUGCGCAGAACCCCUUCUCCUCCAAGGAGCCCGGGCGCAUCUGGGCCCGGGUGGGCGAGAUCAUCACCGCCGCCCUGCAGGACGAGAGCUUCGAGGUGGACGCCAGGCGCUGCCGCGAGAGGACCAUGCUGCUGCUGGACUACUACAAGAAGCAGGAUUUCGCCAGCCUCCGCAGGUUCGGGACUGAAAGGCUGUAUGCCCAGAAGGAGGAUCUGCUGCAUGAAGUGCUGGAAUUGGAGGCUGAGAAAGGGCUUAUGGGAAGUGGUGAGAACAAAUACCAGGAUGAAGAGUUGAGGAAAAGGGCACUAGAGGAGCUGGUGCUCCCAGAGCAGGACAAAAUCAGUGUGAUGCCCACCCAGACAGUGCCUCCUGCAGGUGAGGAGACGCAAAACUCAGGGCCCCCGACUCCAGAGCAGGAGGAGCAGGAGGAGCAGGAGGAGCAGGAGGAGCUGGUGGUGGACCUGGCGGCGCCCACGGCGAAGCGCGCGUGCCAGUGCUGCUGCCAGACCUACUCGGAGAUCCUCAGCUUCCUGGAGAAGCGGUCGGACGCGGAGCAGCGGCUGCGGGAGGAGGAGGCGGCGCUCCGGCGCGAGGAGCUGGAGAUCCAGCGGAGCAAGAUCGCCCUGGAGCGGGAGCGGCUGGGCGCCGAGCGGAAGGAGCGGGAGCGCCGCUUCGAGCUGGAGAGCCAGGAGAGGCAGGUCAUCCUGGACCUGCUCAAGGAGAAGGUGCUGAAGUGCUGAGAGUGUGGGGGGGGUGAGGGGGUGAGGGGGGUGAGGAGGAGGAGCAGGAGGAGAAGGGAAAAGAAAAAAAAAGAGAGAGCGUGGCGACGACGACGACGACGACAUGUUUUAAAAGAAAUUUCUUAAAAGCUUCCCGAGGCCUGUGGACAAAAAAAAAAAAACAUGGGCGGAUGGGGUUCGGGAGUUGAAAAGAAAGAGCGUGGCGAUGACGACACAUUUUAAAUUUCUCGAAGCUUCCCGAGGCCUGUGGACCAAAAAAAAACACGGGCGGACGGGUUUUUCUCAGGACACCUGGGUGUUUUCAGGUCGAAGCUCGCUCGCUCGCUCGCUCGAAAAGGGGGGGGGGACGCCCGCGUAAACACACGGCGACUGAUCUGAGGCUACCGUGUAGCUCUCCCAUCAAGUCAAACAAGCAUAAUCAUGCCACAGAGAGGACAAAGGCAACCCACCGGAAAUAAUUAUCUCCCGCAGUGUUCAGUUCCAUUUUCGCCUUCUGUAGCCAGUGAAAAACUCUGUAAUAACGUAAUAAUGGCAUACAAUAAACCGCAUGUCAUUUUGGGAUGAGAUUCAAGCACCGCAAGCACUUAAAACUUUGUAUUUGCAAUUGUUUAUUAGGGGUAUCCUGGAUAGGGAUUUAAUUGCAAGUGACAAUUAUAUCCCUGUCCGUCGACAGUUGCUUGUAGAAAUGUAAAUUUAAAUAAGUGCCAUAUUUUGCCUAUUUGAGCUUUGUAUUAUAUAUGUGAAUGGUGUAUUGAACAAGCCUGUAUCCAGUUCAAUAAUAUUUUUAGUGUACUUUUACUGACAAAUUACUGUUUUUUUCUUGUGUAACUAGAGCAGUGUUUUUUGUGAGAAUGUAUAUUCCAUUUGUAAUUUAAAUAUAUAUUUGAAAAAAUA